GGACGGAAGGGCUGUUUCUCUACAAAAGCCGCAAAAGAGGGUGCUGAGAUCUGGAAUAGGAUUGAUAUAGUUUGGGUAUGGCGUGGACUAAGUACCAGAUUUGCCUGGCAGUGAUGAUGCUGAUUACAGGUUCUAUUAACACAUUGUCGGCCAAGUGGGCAGAUGGGUUCAGUGCUGAAGGUUGCAAUGGAUCACAGAAACACUUAUUUAAUCAUCCCUUCCUGCAGGCAGUGGGCAUGUUCCUAGGAGAAGUCUCCUGUUUAGUUGUAUUCUACAUAAUUUUAUGUCAUGAUCGACAAAGAACAGAACCCCAGAUGGCUCCUGCAAGGAAGUUCAACUCUUUCGUUUUCUUACCACCAGCGCUGUGUGACAUGACAGCCACCAGUAUUAUGUACAUUGCUUUAACCUUGACGAGUGCCUCCAGUUUCCAGAUGCUACGCGGAGCUGUUAUCAUCUUCACUGGCCUGCUUUCUGUUGCCUUCUUAGGCCGUCGUUUAAUGACCAGCCAGUGGAUUGGGAUUUUUCUCACCAUCUGUGGCCUUGUAGUAGUGGGGCUGGCAGACUUUGUCAGUGGAAAUCAUGACCAAGGGAGCAAAUUAUCUCAGGUUAUAACAGGAGACCUGCUAAUCAUCAUUGCACAGAUCAUUGUGGCUAUUCAGAUGGUGCUGGAAGAAAAAUUUGUUUAUAAACAUGACGUACAUCCACUUCGAGCUGUGGGUACAGAAGGAAUGUUUGGAUUCAUCAUCCUAACUCUGCUGUUGAUUCCAAUGUACUAUAUCCCUGUGGGCCAAUUCAGUGGCAACCCCAGAGGUGUCCUUGAAGAUGCACUUGAUGCUUUCUGUCAAAUAGGGAUAAAACCGUUAAUCUUUCUAGCCCUCUUGGGAAACAUCUGUAGUAUUGCAUUCUUCAACUUUGCUGGUAUUAGUGUCACAAAGGAAAUCAGUGCAACCACACGGAUGGUUCUGGACAGUCUGCGGACCAUAAUAAUCUGGAUAGUGAGCCUUGCAGUGGGUUGGGAGCAGUUCCAUGGCCUCCAAAUCUUUGGCUUUUUCAUCCUGCUGUUAGGUGCUGCACUCUACAAUGGCUUCCAUAAACAAAUCCUGGCAAAGCUUCCUUGGUGCAAGGAGCGAAUGGAGGAAGAUUUUGAAAGGGAACGAUUAUUGACUGAAAACAAAGACUCCAUAAACGUUACCCCAUGAAACUAUAUUAAAAUUUUUCCCUUUUUUUAAUU